GUUGGUGAAUGCAGCUACUACCUCAUUAUUCUACCCUCCAACUUCAUUCAAACCUAAUUAUGUAGGAAAAUCCUUUACCAAACCAAACAUGCCCUUUACUACCAAUAUUCCCCCUAAAUUUAACGGUUUUAGCAUGAAAAUUUUAGGCAAAAGGAAUUCCCACUUCUCUCGUCGCUGCCAUCCGCCACCGUUCGAUCAAGCUGCAGUUUCCGAUCGAGAAGAGAUGGAUGCCGGAAUAGGAAUCCUUGAAUUUUUUGCAGGGAAGAACAUUUUUGUUACCGGUGCUACCGGCUUACUUGGAAAGGUUAUUGUAGAAAAGAUAUUAAGAUCAACAUCGGUGGGCAAAAUAUACUUGCUAAUAAAGGCAAAAGACAAGGAAGAUGCAUUUAAUAGAUUAAACUGCGAGAUAAUAAACUCAGAAUUGUUCACGUGUUUGAAAGAAAAACAUGGGAAAUCUUUUGAAGCAUUUGUGAAGGCUAAGGUAAUAGCUGUGAUGGGAGAUAUUGGUCACCCAAAUCUUGGAAUGGAUUUUGAAAGUAUUGAAUCAAUUAGAAAAGAUGUAAAUGUUAUUAUUCAUUCUGCAGCUUCCACUACCUUUUAUGAGAGAUAUGACUUGCUAUUUGAUACGAAUGUGAACGCGCCUCAACGAGUUAUGAGGUUUGCCAAGACAUGCGACAAACUCGACCUAUUCACACACAUAUCUACAGCUUAUGUUACUGAGAGAGAAGAAGGUGUUAUAUUGGAAAAGCCAUUGAAUAUGGGAGGAGGCCUUGAUGUAGCUGAUGAGAUUAGCUUGCUUCUCAAAUCAUCCCCAAACAACAUUGAUGCCACCAAUUUUUUCAUAAAGUUUGGCCAACAAAGAGCUAAAUUGAUGGGAUGGAGUACCACUUAUCAGUUAUGUAAGGCUAUGGGUGAGAUGUGUUUGAAUGAAAUGAGAGGAGAUGUUCCUUUGCUUAUAAUUAGGCCAGCUUGCAUUGAGAGCUGCUAUCGUGAGCCUCUCCCUGGUUGGAUACAAGGAUUGAGGACGUUGGGACCAGUGAUCAUUUCAUAUGGAAAGGGAAUACUCCCAGCUUAUUAUGCAAAUCCUCAAGUGCCUUUGGAUGUUGUACCGGCAGAUAUGGUAGCAAAUACGACGAUUGCAGCUAUUGCAAAGCAAGGGAAUAGACACGUGGCACAACCUAUAGUCUAUCAUACUGCAUCCAGUCUUGAAAACCCUAUAACUUGGUUUGACAUUUUCGAACAUUUAUAUGAUUACUUUAAAGAAACACCUUUGAUUGAAAAUGCUAAUAUAUCAAAAGUCAAAUUUUUCAAUAAUUUUGAGGAAUUCUCAAAAUGUUUGAGAGAGGAAAUUAUGAGACAUAGUGGAGGUGGUGAUGAUAGAAAGAUAAUUCGACGUUGCAACGCCAAAGCUGAAUAUGCUGAACAACUAUGUAAGAUGUAUGAAUUUCCUGGCUUCCUCAAACAAAGAUUCCAUACAGGGAAUACUCAGAAGUUGAUCCAAGAAAUGUCAAAAGAGGAAAAACUUACAUUUGAAAUGGAUGUGAAAAAUAUCGACUGGAAAAUGUAUUUUCAUGAGAUCUACUUUCCAGGAGUGACAAAAUAUGCAAUUAAUUAAUGGUGGAUAUGGAUGAUUAUGCAAUUAUUCCUCAUGACACUAUGUAAUUGUUAAAUUGGUUUUACGCCUCAUAUCAAUGAUUCCAAAAGUUAAUAUAGGAAUGUUCUUGAGAUAUUCUUGACUGUUCGUUUUG